AGUUGUUAUUGUUUAUGUCAGUCAGACGCUUGAUAGAGGAAGUGACAAAAAACACGCGAACGAACCUGUCGAGUUUCCCCGAAAGCGACUACUGUCAGCCCGCAGCUUUUCAGGGACGUUAUGAGAUAUAGGAUUAUUGCCCCGAAACAUAUGUUAACACAGGGGGUAAUAAACUCAUGGAGCUGCGCAGCGGCACACAGGGGAGAAUAACGCGCCUCCGGCGGGGCUGCAAGCGAGCCGAGCCGCCCAACGCCAACAUGAGGCGGGAUGUCAGUAAAGUUCUGCGGCCGCUGCCCGUGGAGACCAACGAUGAGGAGGAGCUCAUGGAGGAAGGGGACUGUUUCUCCACGGGCUUCCACAAGCGUGACAGUCUCCAUCCCGCGAUGUUCUUCAAGACGCCCAGGUAUAGCUUGAUCCGGGAGGUGGGUCGCGGGAGCUACGGUGUGGUGUACGAGGCCAUCGCCCGCAGGUCCGGAGCCCGUGUGGCCGUGAAGAAGCUCCGCUGCGACGCGCCCGAGAAAGUGGAACUGGCGCUGGCCGAGUUCUGGGCCCUGGCGAGCCUGGAGAAGAAGCAUGAGAAUGUGGUGCAGCUGGAGGAGUGCGUGCUGCAAAGAAACGAGAUGGCCCAGAAAAUGAGCCACGGGAACAAACGAAACAAGCAGUAUUUGAGAUUAGUGGAAACUUCACUGAAAGGUGAGCGUAUCUUGGGCUACCCAGAGGAACCGUGUUAUCUUUGGUUUGUUAUGGAGUUCUGCGACGGCGGCGACCUCAACCAGUACAUCCUCUCCCGGCGUCCUGACCCGCGGACCAACCGUAUUUUCAUGAAGCAGAUGACCAGCGCUGUGGCCUUCCUCCAUAAGAACAACAUCGUCCACCGAGACCUCAAACCAGACAACAUUCUCAUCUCGCAGAAAUCCGGCAGUCCGGUGAUCAAGGUCUCCGACUUCGGCCUCAGCAAGGUUUGCGCGGGGCUCAGCUGCAUGGAGAACGAAGGAGACAACCAGGUUAACAAAAACAUGGUGAACAUUAACAAAUUCUGGCUGUCGUCAGCAUGCGGCUCUGACUUCUACAUGGCGCCGGAGGUGUGGGAGGGCCACUACACCGCCAAGGCGGACAUUUUUGCGCUCGGCAUCAUCAUUUGGGCCAUGAUCGAACGGAUCACAUUCAUCGACGCCGAGUCCAAGCGAGAGCUCCUCGGCACAUAUGUUCGCCAGGGGACCGAGAUCGUUCCGGUGGGCGAGGCCUUGCUGGAGAACCCGAAGAUGGUCCUGAACAUCCCACAGAAGAGCCGGAGCAUCAUGUCUGAAGGUGUCAAGCGGCUUUUGCAGGACAUGUUGGCGGUCAACCCACAGGACCGACCUGAUGCGUCUCAGUUGGAGGUUAGAAUGGACCAAGUCACAUGUGCGGCGUAAGCCAACCCGAUUGGCCGAAAUAAGCACGCAACUUUUUCAGGUUUGCAGACCGAUGGAAAUGAAAAAGGGACAGCGGAUCCUGGAACUGUGAAUUGCAUUUUGUGACCGCUUCCAAAAAGCAGAAGUGAAAUCAAAUGACUUGACAUCUAUAUUUAAAACCCCUCACAAGGAAAUGCUAUGCAGGUUAUUUCUACUCAGGUGCGUCGGAUUCCUCAUGCAAGUCUUCCAAACUGACCAAGCAUUUUUCCUGCUCAAAUCUCAGCAGCAAGGAUUUCACGUCCCUCUCGUUCUCUGCUGAGACUGUGCUGUUGUUUUGGGCCAGAUUUAGACACACGUCCUCAAACAAACAUAUCCGGUCUGCACCUCUGUGAAAACUACCUACCGCCCCAUUCGUCUGCAAGGGGUAUACCAGACAGUAUAGAUGUAAAUAGUUAAAUGCAGCACUAGGAUCGAUCGAAUGUUGUUGAAUGCUCUAGAAUAUAUUUACAGGACAACAGAGAAGGAAGUUAUUAUAAAGCUCACGACCAUGAAGACGUACUGUGAAUGGUAUAAUGUGAAUGACUGGGUACAUAGUGGCCUGUCUUUCCUGUAGGUCCGAAUGUUUCUGACCCAAACUACAGCACUUCUUUAAAAAAAUAGUAAUAAAUCACCUUUGUG